AUGUACGGGAAUGAUCCGGUGUUUAAGGCAGAGGCGACGUCGUUUAGGGAUCAACCGUACGCCGAACAGCUUCCUCAGGGACUAUGGACCACCGGUCUUUGCGAUUGUCACGAAGAUGCUCACAUUUGUGUUCAGACAGCUAUAAUGCCAUGUGUCUCCUUUGCUCAAAACGUAGAGAUCGUAAACAGAGGAACCAUACCUUGUAUGAACGCAGGUAUGAUUCAUCUAGCGUUAGGCUUUGUUGGUUGUUGUUGGCUUUACGCGUUCCCUAGCCGGACCAGGCUUAGGGAACAUUUCGCAUUGCCUGAGGAACCAUGCCGUGACUUUUGGGUUCAUAUCUUUUGCACCCAUUGCGCUAUUUGUCAAGAAUCUAGAGAGCUCAAGAACCGCGGCGCUGACCCUUCCAUUGGUUGGCCUUCGAAUGUAGAGAAAUGGAGCCGAGAGAAAGUAACUCCUCCUAUAGUUGUACCUGGCAUGGUUCGCUGA